GCUAGUCCGCAAUUGAACCUUCUCUAUGAUAUACGUUCUCUGAUGAAACUACAAUGCUUGGACCAGUACGGCAACGGUGGUUAGAAUUGACAAAAUUUUAUCGUAUAAGCUCCUAGUAAUUAUAAAUCUCGAUUUUUUAUGUUAUGCGAGAGGGUUAAAAUCGAUUAUUGGUAUAUAAAAAGUGUGGUAUCUCUAAAAAACUUUACUCCAUUCAUAUUACUUUUCGUUGGAACGUGGUAUGCUCAGAUUUUCUGGUUGCCUUGAAUUUUAAAGCAUUUAUUGAGUUUUGUGUUUUGCACGUUUUAGUGUGCUGAAAUUGGCAUUUAAGAUUUCUUGAUAAAGACUUACAUUUACGACAGAGAAAACAAAACAACAUGCAAAAUUAUUCUGAUUUGUGAAUGUUGUUGUUGUAACUGCAGAAUUCUGCCGAGUUGAUAGUCCUUGGCCGGAUAAAAAUUCGGGUCCAUUCUGGUUACAUAGAACCGACUGUCGUGGGAACAGCUGCUUUGUGAAUCGUAGUAGUCGCUUAGCCUCUGUGUCAGUUAUUGCCGGACGACGGCCACGUGUUGUAACGAUUAUCUAAUGAUGCUUCGCUUACCACUCAGACUUGCUCGCGUAAACAUUCAGCGGCAAUUGUUUGUUCGUAGCUAUGCCAAGGAUGUUAAAUUUGGACCUGAGGUACGUGCGUUGAUGUUGCAAGGAGUUGAUGUCCUUGCUGAUGCUGUGGCCGUUACUAUGGGUCCGAAAGGACGUAAUGUUAUUAUUGAGCAAUCUUGGGGUUCACCAAAAAUAACCAAGGAUGGUGUAACUGUUGCUAAAUCUAUCGAGUUAAAAGAUAAAUUCCAAAAUAUUGGUGCCAAGCUGGUUCAAGAUGUAGCUAAUAAUACAAAUGAGGAAGCUGGUGAUGGUACAACCACAGCUACAGUAUUAGCACGGGCAAUCGCUAAAGAAGGUUUUGAAAAAAUCUCCAAAGGAGCUAAUCCUGUGGAAAUUCGUCGUGGUGUUAUGUUGGCCGUAGACAAUGUUAAAGAUCAUUUAAAGGCAAUGUCCCGCCCCGUUAAUACACCAGAAGAGAUUGCACAAGUCGCAACUAUUUCUGCAAAUGGAGACCAAGAUGUUGGAAAUCUGAUUAGCGAAGCAAUGAAAAGAGUUGGUCGCGACGGUGUUAUCACAGUUAAAGACGGCAAAACACUUUCGGAUGAAUUGGAAGUAAUUGAGGGCAUGAAAUUUGAUAGAGGGUAUAUUUCGCCAUAUUUCAUCAACUCAUCUAAAGGAGCUAAAGUAGAAUUUCAAGAUGCCUUAAUUUUGUUGUCUGAAAAGAAAAUUUCAUCAGUGCAAAGCAUUAUCCCCGCACUUGAAUUAGCUAAUUCUCAACGUAAACCAUUGGUUAUAGUUGCUGAAGAUAUUGAUGGCGAAGCCUUAAGCACACUUGUUGUGAAUCGACUUAAAAUUGGUUUGCAAGUAGCUGCCGUCAAAGCACCAGGUUUUGGUGAUAACCGCAAAUCUACACUUACUGAUAUGGCAAUUGCUUCUGGUGGCAUCGUUUUUGGUGACGACGCAAAUUUGGUUAAACUUGAAGAUGUGCAGAUAAACGACCUUGGCAAAGUUGGUGAAGUUGUCAUAACCAAGGAUGAUACCUUACUACUUAAAGGAAAAGGAAAGAAGGAAGAUAUUAGUCGCCGUGUUGAACAAAUUAAGGAUCAAAUUAGUGAUACUACAUCUGAAUAUGAAAAAGAAAAAUUGCAGGAGCGUUUGGCACGUCUAGCUUCUGGUGUAGCAUUGUUGCGUGUCGGUGGAUCAAGUGAAGUAGAAGUAAACGAAAAGAAGGAUCGUGUAAAUGAUGCCCUCAAUGCUACUCGCGCUGCUGUAGAAGAAGGUAUAGUUCCUGGUGGUGGUACUGCUCUAUUGAGAUGUAUUCCAAUUUUGGAGGGUCUCAAGGGAUCUAACGAAGACCAGAAUAUGGGUAUCGAGAUUGUGCGUCGCGCUCUUCGAAUGCCUUGCAUGACAAUUGCUAAAAACGCUGGUGUUGACGGUGCAAUGGUUGUAGCUAAGGUUGAAACAAAAGAAGGAGAUUUUGGAUAUGAUGCACUUAAGGCUGAAUACGGCAAUUUAAUCGAGAAGGGUAUUAUUGAUCCAACGAAGGUUGUUCGCACAGCUAUUACGGACGCUUCUGGUGUAGCUUCCCUUUUGACCACAGCUGAAGCAGUUGUUACUGAAAUUCCAAAGGAAGACGCAGCUCCUGGUCUUGGUGGAAUGGGGGGUAUGGGCGGCAUGGGUGGAAUGGGAGGAAUGAUGUAAAAUAUCUUCUAUUAUAAAUGAUUUCCAUUGUUAAAUAUGCUUACAUGUUAUAUAUGUAAAAUAAUUACAAACUAGUUUUAAAUACUGACCAAUUAUAAAUUAGUGUCAUCGAAUCGCUACUGUUCGUUUAUAAGUUCUGAAAAUUUAUGAAAGGAUUUAUAGAGUGGAAGCAAAGCUGACUAAAUAAA